CGUACGACAGACAGUCGCAUAACAAUAUCAUUUAAAAUUUAAAUUCAAGAAAAAAAAAUUAUAAUUAUUGUCAAGAUGAACAUAUCAUUAUUAUUCUCAAGUUGUGCAGUUUUCAUAUUUUUGUUUAGUGCUUACGCAUCGGAACAAACAUAUUUUCUGAAUAAAGACUACAUAAGUAAAAUUAAUAGUGUUGCAAGAACUUGGAAGGUUGGUAUCAACUUUCAUCCAGAAACUCCUUUGAAAUUCAUAUUGAGACUUUUGGGUUCAAAAGGCGUGCAGGCCUCAACAACAUAUCUAUUUAAAUCGAACGACCCACUGUACAAGACCAUAUUAAGUAUUCCGAAAGAAUUUGACGCGAGAAAAAGAUGGAAGAAUUGUACGACGAUYGGGACGAUUCGUGAUCAAGGRAAUUGCGGCUCUUGUUGGGCAUUCAGCACUUCUGGAGCGUUCGCCGACCGCUUGUGUAUAGCGUCGAAUGGAAAAUUCAAUCAACUAUUAUCAGCUGAACAGGUAACGUCUUGUUGUUACCGAUGUGGUUUAGGUUGUCAAGGAGGCUAUCCGAUCAAAGCUUGGCAAUAUUACAACACACGUGGUCUGGUUACUGGAGGAAACUUUAACUCGUUUCAAUUAGUUAAAGACUUUCCAUAUGUUCUUGUCUACGAAAACAUACAGAAAGAUAUGAUGAUUUACGGACCAAUCGAGUCAUCUUUUGAUGUGUACGACGACUUUAUAUCGUAUAAGUCAGGUGUUUACUCCAAAACGCCCAACGCCACAUAUUUGGGUGGCCAUUCUGUUAAGUGCAUCGGAUGGGGAGUCGAACGAAAUGUGCCAUAUUGGCUGAUGAUGAAUUCCUGGAACAGUACUUGGGGAGACGGAGGAUAUUUCAAAAUCCGGCGGGGCACGAACGAGUGCAAAGUCGAGGAUUCAUCGACGGCCGGUGUGCCGGAAUAUUAAUAUUAGGACUGGGAUUGUUUAUUUUCCAAAGUUGGAUACUCGAUACUUAUUUAUAACAUGUAAUAUAUUUCAUAUAUUUUUAAUCGCAAUAUGAUUUUUWAAAUUUUUUAAUAUAAGUAUGUUUGAGGUUUUAUGGAAUU